UUUCGCUUCGCCUCUAAUCGAUUGUGCCGGCUGUUGAAUUAAAUUUGUUUAUCUUAUAAUUUUAGCAAUCAUGUGUAAAGUGAUUCUAGGCUUCUUAUUAUUAAGCAUAAUAAUAUGUUUUCAUUUUAACCAGUACAAUAAUCGUGUCGGGCCAGAUCCGUGGGAUUUGAUUCAAGACGAAACAUCAACAGACACUCAUGAUGGAAAGAUUCCUCCAGACCUUCGAUUACCACCAAAAAGGAAAAUACAAACCAAUGGAAACAUGGCAAACGGAGAGUGGUUUUUCAAGAGAACUCUUGCAAUCAUUUUGAAUGCUGGACAAACAAAGUUAAACGAAGAUGGCAGUACCGAUAUAUCCCUGCUGUUAAAAUUCGACCAGGAUCAUUGGCAAACCCUGAAGGACUACACAACAUCAAACACUGCACUGACUGAAGAUAUGUUUCGCCGUGCAGUUGCCUAUGUAGAAGAAGCUGUUUACAAACCUUCUCUUGCACAGAAAGUUGCUAUAGCAUGGAGUGAAUAUAUUCAGUCGUUAUUCAUAGAAUACAAGACUUAUAUCACACUAUGUUGUGGAGGUUUAGCAGCAUUUGGUGUGUUGUUUUGGCUGUGGAUGCACAUGUCUCAUAAACAUGUUAUCAUACUAGUCAUUGCUGCAUUGUAUCUUUAUGAAGUAGUCAUAUCAUAUAAGGAAGCAGAGAAACAAGAAUUGGACAGAUUUCUAUCAGCUGGAAAUAAAUGCAGCUGGCAUUUUUGGAAUUCAUGUGAAGUCCCUCCACCUGAUCCUAUAAUAUUCAUGAAGCACAUGAAUCCACUAAAAAUUGGCAUUAGAAUGUUCAGCACAUUUCUGUCUGAACCUAUGUUGGUGCUGAGUAGUACAGUCAACACAAUGAUAAAUGAAAUCACAGGUGGACUCUGGUUCCCGCUGGAUGUAAUAUUACACUGUAUAUUAAUUAUAUCUAUAAAUAUUAUGCUGAUAGUAUUGCUAGUCAUGAUUAUUGUUAUAAUACUUAACAUUCCCUUCAGCCUAAAUCUAUUUGGCUUGAUGAGUAUUGAAGUAAGACAACGUCAACAUACACAAAGGAUUCUGGACGUGUGCUCCCGCGCUCUAGAUACUUCGCGAAAUGUACCACAAAUUGCGACAACCACAUCUUUUAGUCCUACCUCCACAAUUAAAAGGUCUGCGAGUACUGGUCGCUUACCUAGCUCGUCAGUAUAGUUAUGAUGCCCCCGAAUCCACGACAAGGAAAUGGACUAAGCCCUUAUUUUAUGAUUGGUGGUGGUGACAGUCGUAAAUAAUCUAAAGACGUUAUUGGCUUGGCGAAUAUAAGGAACUGAAAAUUUUAAAGGACUUGACACCCUAAAUACUUACACUACUACCUACCAAUAAGAGAUAACUAUAAGUCUAUGUAUGUAUAACACUUGUUUAUUUAGUUUUAUAAAGUUGUUAAUUUUGAUUUUUUUUAAAAAGCUUAAGUAAAGUUUUCCACUUUAAGAAAAUAUUCUAAAGAAUCUAAUUCAGAUUACGCUAUAAUGUUCAAUAACGUUCGAAAUAGACUUAAAAUUGUCGCUAAUCGUUUAAUGCUUAAAGUAAAUUAAUUAAACUAAUUAUGUUGUGGUACAAAAUAAAAAGCUUUUGAUUAAUGUAGCAAUGUUUUCAGACUUGUAAUAAAUUAA